AUGAAUCUCCGUCAAGCUCUUCUCUAUAACCUGCUUAGCGCCAUAACCUGCUACAUCGGUUUUGCGAUCGGUGUUGGUAUAGGUGAAUUGGGUCCAGAUGUUUCGAAGUAUGCGUUUGCUUUAGCUGGUGGAAUGUUUCUAUACAUAUCGCUAGGUUGCAUGAUGCCUGAGAUGAGGAAGGCGAUGGAGGAAGCGUUGAAUGUGUCGUUACGUCGCGGUGCCUACGUGCUUUUCUUGCAAUCGGUAGGAUUGUUUGCCGGCUUGUUUUUGAUGUAUUUCAUGGCAAGGUAUGGAGAGGAAUUCUCCAUUUGA